CCAGUCAGUUCUUGUCCUUAGUGCAGGCAACAUGGUCUACCAGCAGGAGGCUAUCGUGAAAUGCCUGCGGAGUGUGCCGGAAGUGGUCUCCCGAAAGAAGCAGGACGAGCCGAGCCGAGGAACCCUGGCUCGAGUCCUGGGGCUGAUGGACCUCUCCCUCCUCGGCGUGGGCUCGACCCUGGGCGUCGGAGUCUACGUCCUCGCCGGAGCGGUCGCCAAGACGGACGCAGGCCCGGCAGUCACCUUAUCCUUCAUGGUGGCAGCUUUCGCAUCAGCUUUAGCAGGUAUUUGCUACGCUGAGUUUGCUGCCAGGGUUCCUAAAGCAGGUUCAGCCUACGUAUACAGCUACGUCACUGUAGGAGAGCUGGCUGCUUUCGUCAUAGGAUGGAACCUUAUCCUGGAGUACGUUAUAGGAACUGCCAGUGUGGCUAAGGCUUUCUCAAAUUACCUAGAUGUUAUGAUGGACUACAGAAUGAAUAGAACUCUCUCUAAAUUGUUACCAAUGCCUUACGAUUUCCUCGCCCCCUAUCCAGAUUUCCUCUCUCUAGGCAUUGUUCUAGUAUUAACAGGUCUUUUGGCUUAUGGUGUAAAAGAGUCUGCCUGGAUGAACAAUCUCUUCACUGCUCUGAAUCUCCUUACUGUCGUUAUUGUCAUUGUUGCUGGUCUGUUCAAUAUUGAUGUAGGGAAUUGGAAAAUUCAAAAGGACCAAAUUCCUAAGGACAAGAAUGGCGGAGAAGGUGGAUUCAUGCCUUUUGGGGUAUCGGGUGUGAUGGCAGGAGCUGCUAAGUGUUUCUUUGGCUUUGUUGGAUUUGAUUGCGUAGCAACUACUGGUGAAGAAGCAAAAAAUCCACAAAGGCAUAUUCCUCUUGCUAUCGUAAUAUCACUGCUUGUAAUUUUCCUGUCUUAUUUUGGAAUUUCAACUGUAAUUACUAUGAUGGUUCCUUACUACCUACAGAAUGAAGAUGCACCACUUGUUGUAGCUUUUAGACAAGUUGGUUAUGACACUGUCGGUACUAUUGUGUCGUUUGGAGCAGUAUUUGCACUUUGCACAAGUUUACUCGGUUCGAUGUUUCCUAUGCCAAGAAUGCUGUACUCGAUGGCUGGUGAUGGGCUACUGUUUUCAAGUUUCGCCAAAGUCCACCCUAAGACGAAGACUCCUUUGAUAUCUACACUCGUCGCUGGGAUAAUAUCAGGUGUAAUGUCUGCAGUAUUUAAACUUGACCAAUUGAUAGACAUGAUGUCUAUUGGAACACUGCUCGCUUAUACCAUAGUCUCCCUAUGUGUUCUUCUAUUAAGGUAUAGAGAUCCAAAACCAGCUCUAUAUGAGCCUAAAACUAUUAUUAAAGAGAAACCAACAUUUGGUCAAUCAUUGGGACUAGUUGUAAAUUAUAAUAGACUCUCUACUCCAGAUAAGGGAACUACCCUUAUCGCUGAAGUUUCAACAUUGACGUUUUGUGUGCUUACAUUUAUAACAACAUUAUGGUUAGUGAUAUUUGAGAAUACUAUGAGCACUGAUUCAUGGAGCAUAUAUGUUUUUUACUUGCUACUUUCCUUAACUUGCCUCCCAGUCAUUGUCAUAUCAUUGCAGCCUCAGCAUGUACCUAAUCUGUUUUUUAAGGUUCCAUUAAUUCCAUUUCUUCCUUGUAUGAGUAUAUUUAUAAAUGUGUACCUAAUGAUGAAACUUGAUGUUCACACCUGGAUUAGAUUUUCCAUUUGGAUAGUACUUGGUGGGAUGAUAUACAUUUUCUAUAGUAUUUCACACAGUGUUGAAGGUAAACGUCUAAAAGGCUCAAAAGAAGAAAGGAAUAUUACUAUGCGUUAAGCUGUACUAAUUCAUUACUUAAUACUAAUUCAUUGACUUCAAAGUAUCAUUUGUUGCGGGAUGUUCAGAUUAGGCAUCUCUCCCUUUAAAUGGAAUUUUAAAUUUUAAACAUAAUUUAUCCAGAGGUCAAACAACUUGAUGAUCAACUUAAUUGUGUGAAAAUGAUUUAUCAAAUAUUCCAUCUUUUUAAAAAAAUAUUAUUUGUAAUUAUUAAAAAAAAAUAUCUUUAUUAUGGUAGAACCAUUGAGAUAAUUUUUUUUUGUUUGAGACAUGAUUUAUCCAGUAGCUUUGGUAACAUCCAGGAAGAAAAAAAUUCUCUUGAGGCCUAACAUCAUUUAUUAUGAAUGACCCAUAUAUUAUGUUUUAUUAUUUAAAAUUAUCAUGCUACUAUUACCUCAACUAUAAGCCAUUAUUUGAG